AUGAAACUUGACCUUUUCGAAAUGUUUGGCUACCAAAUGAAAAUGGGUCCUCCAAGCUGGUCACAAUCUGCAAGCCAGGCAAAUGUGUUUGCUACCCGGGAAAUGGGAAGCCAAUUUGACAAUCGAAAAUUAUUGAGGGAACAUGGAUGCUACAAACCGGAUACAGAUGUUCCGUGA